UCACCUUAUCAUACAAGAAACCCGUAUCCGACUUUACCAAAGACAUGUAAAGUGUUGAUGGUCUGUCAAUUACAAAGACAUGGCAGUAGAUAUCCUACUAUUCAUGUUUCGAUUAAGAUCCAAAAUGCUUUAAGUAAGAUAAAAAACGCAAUACCGAUUGACGAUACAUUGAUAUUCGUUCAAGAUUAUAAGUAUCAUCUUUUAGAAAAUUCAUUGAAUGAAUUUGGAGAACAUGAAAGCUUUCAAUCUGGUCAAGAAUUCAAAAAAAGAUAUCCAAGUCUAUUUUCAAGGAAAAAUCAGAAUGAAAACUACUCGAAUUCAUCAGUAAUGUUUGUUAGGGCUAGUUCUUCUGAAAGAGUAAUAGAAAGUUCUAAAAAGUUUUUGAUUGGAUUGGAUCUCAAACCCAAUUUUGAAUUUAAUGAUUCUGAUAUAUUAGUGAUCUCAGAAAAUCCCGGAGUAACAUUGGAUGAUAAUAAUUGUCCAAAUUCACCGGAUUUACCUUACUCAAAUCAAUGGUCAAAAUUCUUUACAAGAUCAAUUAUAAAAAGGUUGAAUUCUAAAGCAAUCGGAUUAAACCUUGAUGAAAUCGAUGUUAUUUCUUUAAUGCAGUUAUGUUGUUUUGACUCUCUAGCGGAUCAAAAAUAUAGUCGGUUUUGUAAACUCUUUGAAAAAUCGGAUUGGAUUGAAUAUUAUAUUGAUUUAGACAAGCUUUAUAAACAUGGAUAUGGAAAUGAACUCGGUGCGGUCCAAGGUGUGGGUUACGUUGCUGAGCUUCUUUCUCGACUAACUGUAAAUGCUAGUUAUGUUAAAAAUGAUAAAACACAAGUUAAUCAUACUUUAGCUCAAUCUAAAGGAACAUUCCCAUUAAAUCGUAAAGUCUAUUUAGAUUUCUCACAUGAUAAUCAGAUGAUUUCGAUUAUAUCUGCACUGGGAAUCAAAAUGGAACCACUUUUAUCACCGAAUGGUCCUCCUUUACCAAAUAGAGGAUGGAGAAUGAGUUCAAUGGUUCCAUUUGCUAGUAGAUUGACUUUUGAGAAGGUACAUUGUGAUGAUGAUCCCAAUGAUCAAAUCCGAAUCUUAUUAAAUGAUGAUUGGAUACCUUUGGAAUUUUGCAAAGGUUAUAAAUCUGGAUUUUGUAAUUUGGAUUCAUUUGUUAACUCUCAAAACUUUACCAGACAAAAUGGAAAUGGUUUAUAUGAUUUGGUAUGUUUUUAUUGUCUUUCAUUUCCGUUGAUUAUCUUUGUUUCUGUUUGUUAUCACUAUGGAAAACUAAUUCAAAAUCAAAUUCCAUGA